UUAGCUGGAUUUGUAAGAACCUGGCAACCCUCCACGUCUGCGUUAACAGCCUCUGGCCACCAGAGGGCGCUGUGGUUCAUUAGAUAAGAGGACUCGCAGGGCGGCUGGAGGUGUGUUUGAAGACCUCAUGUGAUGUGGGAAAUAUAGCAACUCAAGAGCCCGAAGAACUUCCUGAAGCAUCAAUGUCCUCCAAGAGAAGAAGACAACCACAGCUGCAGCUCAGCUCAACGGGUUCUUCCGAGCGGUCCCUGAAGGCAGCACCGCGGGGUGGAGCCGCGGCUCGGCCCGCAUGUGUCACUCUGUUUACCUCUGUGAGCCGCACUGACCGGCCCAGGACCGAGCGACCGGCCGCAGCCUGCCCGGUGAGCACAACAACAACAACAACAACAACAACAACAACAACAACAGCAGCUCUUUGUUUUAAUAUUUCAUCUUCACUCUGAGGAAGAAGAGUCUCGUGACGUCAGGAGGAGAAACCUCAAACCGGUCGACCUCCUUCCGACGUGUUUUUGAUCUCACUCUCGUCGGCGGCGGCGAGCGUCGAUCAGAGAUGGCGCCGCGCGGCGCCGCCGGCCCGAAGCCCGCCCAGACGCUGCUGCUGGUCCUCCUGCCGCUGCUGUGCGGCGCCGGCUGGAGGAACACCGGACCGCGGCUGCAGCUCUCACACUCAGAUCUGAGGAACAGCUCGGCGGUGUUCUGGGGGGGCGGAGUCAGCGGGGGGUACGAGGCGUUGCUAUUGGACGAGGAUGGAGGCUGGCUGCUGGUCGGGGGGAAGGACCACGUCUACCUGCUGUGUCCGGACCGCCUGGACCUGCCCACGCACACGAUCCACUGGCCCGCGGACAGAGAACAUGUGGACCGCUGCCGACUGGCAGGAAAGAGUCUGGAGACGGACUGCGCCAACUUUGUGCGCCUGCUACAGCCGGUCAACCAGACCCACGUGUACGCCUGUGGGACCGGAGCCUUCCACCCACAAUGCACCUACCUGACCGUGGGCCGCGGCACGCAGGACCCAGUGUUCAUGAUGUCUCACACAGAGUCCGGAAGAGGGAAAUGUCCCUUCAGUCCCAGGGAGCCGUUCACUGCUCUACUGACUGGUGGCGCGCUGUACGCCGGCUCCUCGGUGGACUUCAUGGGGGCCAACCCCGCCCUGCUCCGGGCUCCAGUGAGCAGCCGGCAGCCUCACAUCCAGACGGAGGCCUACGACCACAACUGGCUCCACGACCCGGUCUUCGUGGCCUCCUUCUCCAUCCCCGACACUCACAGUCCAGACGACGACAAGGUCUACUUCUUCUUCAGGGAGCGCUGGUCUGAGUCCGGAGAGGAGGACCAGCGGGUCCACAGCCGGGUGGCUCGAGUCUGCAAGAAUGAUGUAGGAGGGAAGAGGAGUCUCAUAAAUCGGUGGACCACGUUCCUAAAAGCCAGACUUGUGUGUUCAGUUCCUGGACCGUCUGGAGUGGACACGCACUUUGAUGAGCUCGAGGACGUCUUUGUUCUGGAGACAAAGGACCCGCAGAACCCCAUGGUGUACGGGGUGUUCAGCACGUCCAGCUCCCUCUUCCCGGGCUCAGCAGUGUGUGUGUACUCCAUGUCUUCCCUCCGCUCCGUGUUCAACGGGCCGUUCUCCCACAAAGAGGGAGGAGCCGGUCACCGCUGGGUGGAGUUCAAAGGUCGCAUCCCGUACCCGAGGCCCGGCACCUGCCCCAGUGAGACCUACGCCCCGCUCCGCUCCUCCACUCAGGACUUCCCUGACGAGGUGGUGCGCUUCAUGCGGCAGCACCAGCUCAUGUGGGACCCGGUCCGGCCCGCGGGGGGACGGCCCGUCCUGACCCGGGUCAACCAGCUCCACCUGCUGAAGAGGGUGGUGGUGGACCGGGUGGAGGCCGAGGACGGCCCGUACCACGUGCUCCACCUGGGCACAGAUGAUGGGAAGGUGCUGAAGGUGGUGUCCGUGGUGCGGGGCAGUCGGGUGGAGGAGCUCGUCCUGGAGGAGCUGACCGUCUUCCAGAGUCCAACACCCAUCCUGAGCAUGAAGCUGUCCACCAAGAGGCAGCAGCUGCUGGUCUCCAGCGCCGUGGGUCUGGUCCAGCUGGGCCUGCAGCGCUGUGAGCGCUACGGGGACGACUGCCCCCAGUGCCGCCUGGCCAGGGACCCGUACUGCAGCUGGGACGGUCACACCUGCUGCAGGUACUUCCCCAGCAGCAGCAGGAGGGCCCGCAGACAGGACGUGAAGCACGGAGACCCCAGGAGUCAGUGUCCAAUCACAGAGGACAACUCCGCCUCCGUGGCGGUGCAGGCGGUGUACGGCGUCGAGGGCAACGCCACCUUCCUGGAGUGCACCGCCCGCUCGCCGCAGGCCGAGCUGCGGUGGAUGGCGCGGCGCCCGGAGAGCGCAGAGCCCGGGGAGCUCCGUCAGGGCGAUGGUGCCCGCCGCCUCCACAUGAAGCGGGGGUUGCUGGUUCAGCGCCUGCAGCCGGCUGACUCGGGCCUCUACAGCUGCUCCAGCCAGGAGCGGUCCUACAGCCGGGUGCUGGCCCGGUACCGGCUCCACGUCAUCCCCGCCCACAGCCUCCAGCAGCGGGCCCCGGGGACCGGGCUCCCGGGCCAGUCGGCGGGUCACGGGAACUCCUGGGCCCCCCAGCAGCACCUGAAGGGCUACAAAGACCUGCAGUUGGGGCCCGGCGGCCGGAGCCAGGACCAGAACCCGGACUGCAGGCAGCUCUGGCACCGAGAGAAGCGGCGGCAGCAGAAGCUGAAGCAGGAGAGCAGGAAGGCCCGCGUGAGGAGGACCCCCCCCGAGACCCUCUAGACCC